CUCUGUCCUUAUCUCUGGUGGGGGGUCUUCUGUGAGCUCUGCUGGGCGAGGUGGGGGCCGGAGCUGCCUUAAUUGUGGACACCUGUGGUUAAUGAUUGCAGCGCUGGACUUUGACAGUAUAAAGCAGGCGGAGACCACUCGGCGCUUCACCUCAGCCGACCGUCGCUAUGUCGUUCUCUGGAAAGUACCAGCUGGAGACUCAGGAGAACUUUGAGCCUUUCAUGAAGGCCAUCGGUCUCCCUGAUGACCUCAUCCAGAAGGGCAAAGAUAUCAAGAGCAUCUCCGAGAUCGAGGAGACUGGCGAUAACUUCAAAGUGACGGUCACAACUGGGACAAAGGUCCUUGUCAACAUCUUCACCAUCGGACAGGAGGCUGAGCUGGAGACCGUCACCGGAGAGAAGGUCAAGGCGGUGGUUGAGCGUGAAGGCAACAAGCUGAAGGUCUGCCUGAAGGGAAUCGUGUCUGUCACAGAACUGGUGGAUGGAAACACAAUUGUCAACACAAUGACUCUUGGUGGCAUUGUAUACAAGAGGACGAGCAAACGCAUGUGAAGGUCUGCAAUGGGAUAAUAAAAAAACUUCAAAAGGCAA